AGACAGUUGUUAGUCUCACCUGGACAUAGACACACACACACACUUCUAUAGACAGGGACUCCAGCGGCCCAAAAACGGACAGCCAGCUCCUCAUUUGUACAGUUUGUAGACCAAAGUAGCCAAGAUGUGUUGUUCGGGUUUACUGAAGAUCCUCAUGUUCAUUGUGAAUGGCGCCAUCUUUCUGGUGGGCGCCGGACUGCUGGGCAUGGGCGUCUGGGUCACGCUGGACUCGGACUCCAUGUUGGGCUUCCUGGACCACAUCGAGGACGCGCCGGCGGAGCUGAAGCAGCUGGCCAACGUGGGGUACCUGCUCAUCGGCCUCGGGAUCGGCCUCGCGUUCAUCGGCUUCCUGGGGUGCUGCGGCGCCAUGAAGGAGAGCCGCUGCAUGCUGCUCACCUUCUUCAUCAUCGUCCUCAUCAUCUUCCUCGCUGAAGUGGCCGGAGCUGUGGUGCUCUUCGUGUUCCAGCCGCUGGUGGAGGAACUUCUUCGGGAUAUUGAAGUGAAGGUGGCUGACAGCAUUGAGAAAACCUACGGGGAGGACGAAGCCCUCACAACCUUCUGGAACACCACCAUGGUUGAGUUGAAGUGCUGUGGGUACAGCAACUACACAGACUUCACAGGGUCUCCAUACUUCAACACAUUCGGCCUUUAUCCACCAGAGUGCUGUAACACGACUGCAGCGUGUUCAUCUGUUGAUGCCCAUUCAGCUGACAUACCUGGCUGCUUUGAAGCACUUGUGACCCUCAUCGAGGAUAACGCAGGACUCGUGGGAGGUGUGGCUCUGGGGAUCUGUGCAGUGGAGGUCUUGGCCAUGAUUUUCGCCAUCGUUUUGUACAAGAAAGCAGGCAAAUAGCAUCGCUGGCCAAGUCAAGACCCGCCAGCAUCAGCCAAUCGGAAUCAUCUGCGUUUGGCUGGACAGCCAAUCUUUUUGUUUGUUUGUUUGUUUUUUAAAGUGAACUCUGAGCACACAGGAGACACCCAAUCACAUUAUACCCACACUGUCUGUCACCAUAGAGAAUGGCUAAUAAUAGAACGUCUGAGGUGCGUUCAAAUUUGCAAACAUGGGCGAACGCUUGCAAACAGUUUUCCGUUAGCCUUGAGUUUUCGAACAAUCGCAAACAGUCUGAGGUUGUUCUCCGCAAACAUACUCUGGAACUGCAGGCAACAAUGCAAUUACCAUUAGAAUGGAAUGCACCAUAUCGUUCAAAUUUAACAUAUCAAAGAAAACAUAAUGUUCACCAGGAACGUUCGCCAAAUUUGAACGCACCUCUGGGUCAUGGGGAUGUUAAUCCUUCAGCAGGGGAGUUUUGAACAUUCUAACAAACGAUUUUGUUCCGCAAGAAUGCACGGUUCUAAAAUUCCAUGUUGAAUUCAAUGAACCCAGACGAACGUUCAUUUAUUCCAACACUCCGGCUGAAGUAAACUCCCAGUAGGCUAAUCCUCCCAAUAAAAGAUCACUGCGCCUUCAAUGUCUUAGCAAAAACACAUUUUUCUAUUAGGAGGUUUACCACCUACUAUGGCUUAAUUUAACCAGGUCUGUCACUAAGCCACAUACCUAGGAACUCCCGAUCACCAUGUCUGUAAUCUGUGACCUAGCAGUAAGCCACCUGCAUGUCUCCUCUGCCCUAAUGGCAAAAGCACACAUCCUCAUUUCAACACUUGAUCUUGUGGUACAUUAUUUUAUCUUUGUUAACACAUUUUGUAUGUUUGUAAAUCAGAUCGAUUUAGUAAUAAUGAUCUCUGUAGUCGUGUCCAAAGAGGCCCUGCUAUACUGGAUAUGGGGUAACGGGUUCAAAUGGAACGCUCUGCUUAUCACAGCACAGAGCUGUAUGAUGUUUGGACCUGCAUCACUGUGAUGGCUUCACUCUCCAAUACAGCCAAUUAAAGUCAUAGGGCUCUUCUAUUUGGAGGCUUCACUUACUCUGAGGUAACUUGACCAGAUUUAGCACAACAGCAACCAAACAGAUGACAUAACUGGUAUACCCUGGUAUAUAUCAGAACAGAGCCAAACCAGGGCCACAUCAGAGCCAGAUAAGAGCCACAUUAGGGCCAGAUUAGAGCCAGAACAGACCCACAUCACCAGAUUAGAGCUAAACCUGAGCCACAUCAGAUCUAAAUCAGAGACCAGAGCCACAUCAGGGCCAGAUCAGAGCCACAUCAGAUCUAGAUUAGAGCUAAACCAGAGCCACAUCAGGGCUAUAUGAAAGCCACAUCAGGGCCAGAUUAGAGCCACAUCAGGGCCAGAUCAGAGCCACAUCAGAUCUAGAUUAGAGCCACAUCAGAUCUAGAUCAGAACUACAUCAGAAGAUCAGGGCCACAUCAUGGUCAGAUCAGGGCCACAUCAGGGCCUGUGUUAGUCAGUACUGACCACACACUCCUCUUCAUCAUAUCUCAAUGGAACGGCACACUGUGAAACACCUGACACUGCACCAUGGACUCGUGGAGUCCCGCUGGAAUGAAGAAUAUUCCUUUUUCAGGUGGCGGUAAUUUAAAUUAUUUUCCAUCCAUGUGUGAAAUAUAUAAAUUGUCUUGAAAAAAAAAAAGAAAAAACACAGUGCCUUUGUGGUCUUUUGAGUCUGUCUGAACCUAUACUUUUGCUCAUCACAGCACAGAACUGUAUGAUGUUUGGACUUGCAUCACUGUAUGGCUUCACUCUCCAAUACAGCCAAUUAAAGUCAUAGGUAUCUUAUUUGGAGGCUUAGCACUUACUCUGAGUUAACUUGACCAGAUUUAGCACAACAGCAACAAAACAGAAAACGGUUAUACCCUGAUCAUCUGACAUCCCACAUAAGGGCCAGAGAACCGAAGAGAGCCAGAACAGAGCCAGAUCACCAGAUUAGAGGUAAACCUGAGCCACAUCAGAUCUAGACCAGAACCAUAUUAGAGCCACAUCAGAUCUAGCUUAGCGCCAAACCUGAGCCACGUCAUGGUCAGAUCAGAGCCACGUCAGGGCCAGAUUAGAGCCACAUCAGUGCCAGAUUAGAGCCACAUCAGAUCUAGAUUAGAACCAGACCAGAGCCACAUCAAGGCCAGAUUAGAGCCAAACCUGAGCCACAUCAGGGCCAUAUUAAAUCCACAUCAGGGCCAGAUCAGAACCACAUCAGGGCCAGUGUUAGUCAGACCACACACUCCUCUUCAUCAUGUCUCAAUGGAACAGCACACUGUGAAACACCUGCACUGCACCACAGACUCGUGGAG